GGAAAUAAAAAAGAGUUAGAGAAGGGUCGAAAGAAUGUUUUGACCAAAAUUUCAGAAGGAAUCUUACAAAGUGAAGAAAUACGUCCAAAGAUGAAACAUACAAAGAAGUAACCAAGCAGAAAGAGGAAGAAAGAACAUGCGACGAGAAGAUGAAGAAGAGACGCGAGAAACGGGAGACACGAGACACGAGAUCUCAUGAGGCUCGUGAACAGAGCAGAGCAGAGCAGAGCAGAGCAGAGCGAUAUAGAGCAGAAGGAAGCGAGAGCUGGAUCGACAGCGCCUGGUCACGGCGGUUAGCGCGCGAAAGCGAGGAAGAAGAUCGUCGUCGCGCUCGAGGGGUGGCGAACCCCUAAAGGACCCUCGGUAGCGCGCGGUGACCUCCCUCCGCUUGGCUACCACCCGACGUUCCCCUCGGCGGCCUUCGCGCGCUCUCGACUCCUCUGUUCCUUGCAACCCCGGUCCGCGCGCGCGGCCCCCUCCACGGCGUUCUCGUCAUCCCUGCCGCGACGACACCAGGAGCACGAUCAUUGGUUCACCGGGUUCACGCAGGCACGAGGAGGCAUACGCAGCUGCCACCGGCUGUGGUGGCACCUCUUGCGCUGCGGGACCGAUUGGCGGCGGCCAGUUCCGAGGAGAAGCGGUGCGCGCGCGGGUAGUAGCCGUUGUCGUCGUCACACGCCGCUUCGUCCUCCGCUUCUUUGUGUGGGUACUAACAGCAAAACCCACCCCUCCGCUCUCGCGUAGUUUCCACAGCGUGUACGCGCGCUUCCUUCCGGCGAUCCGCGUUCUCUCUUUCUUUCAUGUACCUCGUCGCCUUCGUAAACUACAACAUCCCCGCGCGCCAAAACCCGACGGUAACGGAAACACUUGCCGCUAUUGCUAUAAAGAGCGACCGCACGCGCGCGCGCGCGCACGCACGAUCGACCUCCCUUCCUACUACGCCGGAUCGCUGGCGUUCUCCAAGCCGCCUCGUGUGCUCCCACGACGCCGGCCGGCUCCGACGGACCAGCAGACACGCGUCCGUCCGUCCAUCCGUCACUCGUUCAACGCCAUCUUGAAGCCGAACGGCGGCCGAAUCAAAACGUCGCCAAGAGCAUACAAGAGGCGACACCUGUCGAGAGCGCUGUCGACAGCGCACACUGCUCGCACGUGGUAGGUCCGCUAGUCCAUGGGUGCACCGAUCCCUUCCCUCGUGCGGCCACGUUCGGUCAUACUACCCUCCUACUAGACUCGUAUUCCAGCCGCCACCACCACCACCACCUCCGCUACCUGCUACCUGCUACUUCCACCAAUAUCUGUUGAGAUAAGACGAAAGCUCCGGUCCGAAAGUAAAAGAGAUCCUGCAUUGAAAACUAUAGGUCGCAACAUUCCCUACCUCCGUAAACUCAUUAAGUAAACCGAUGCCUCCAUUUUGCCACAAAAUAGACUCCACGGUUAUAGUAGGGGGUGCCAGGUAUGGCCAUUGGACUGGCCCUUGGCUCUCCGGUGGUUGUAACCUUCGUACCAGCGGCUUGACUUCACAUUUCGCCUUGAGAUCACGCCGUGGUUACAAGCUCAGUAGUCUCAAACGACUCUGCGAUCAACGACACGGAAGAGGACUUCGAAGCACUCCCCAGUUCUCGUCGACGCGCAAAGAACAAACGGCGGCGCACAACGCUCCCGCGCUCAACGUUCGUAGUGGCUUAGAAGCACGUUCUUAUUAACAUCUACUAGUUGUUCACCGGUCCUCUCGGAUCGCAACGUCCGUCUUCCGACUUUCAAGCAAGAAGAGCAAACGUUAGCGGUACGUAAUCACGUAUCCAGCAACGGAACCAGUAACGCAUCCCUAUCGAACCGGACGGGAAUGUAUCCCGUCCUCGAGGAAAUAUCAUCGCUCAAGCAUCAACAUCGAGGAGGCUCGUUGUGUUCGCGGCGACGGUGACACCGGUGACGUUCGAUUUUCUAAUCUCGGAGAUUCUUUGUUCACCAGUGGGAACAUACGCCCUAACACGUGGUACGUGGCGAUAUAACCGUCUUGCAUCGCGCGUACAGUAAGCGCUACCAGGAUCUCUCAGUCGUCAAUUGCGCGACGCGUCCACGCACGUGAGUGAAAACGACGAGCAAUCUUCGGAGCAAACACACUUAUUACCAGCGAUAAGCCGCCAGCGUUUCCAACACGAAGGGAAGGAAGAGGAAAGAAGAAGGUAUCGAUCAGUGGCUGGUAUCACCUCUAUCUAGAGGUACCAUCUGGAGGACCAUCGGGAGGGAGUGUCGUGACGACUGGCAUCGGCUCGCUGGUGACACCGUGCAGGUGAUAGACAGGAACGGGCAGGAGCCAGGAGGCAGAGGAGAAUUCGUUAUAUCGGGAUCGCUCAAGAUCCAUCAGCGACGUGCGGCGGACGACGACGGGCUCGACGGGACGACAGCUGGACGAACGGAAGAAGGAGAGAAGAGAGGACGGACAGCUCUCUUAUCACGCACCAGCUCGUACGUUCCGAGCAGAGUCGGUCGGGCACGGGAGAAGGUCAUAGGAAGCGUCGUUCUUCCCGCUCGCGUUCGUACUCCCUACGGCGCGUGACGCGCGCGCUCCUCUCGUCUCUCGGGUGUGCGUGGCGGCUCUCAUCGCUCUCGCUCUCUCGCCUCUCGCGCUGCAUCGCCUCCGCUCUAUCGCUCCCUCCGCCAGAUACUCUCGUGACCGGCCGUUCUAGAGGGAGAAGGUUAGGAUGCCGCAGUGCGCUGUUUAUGCGUGCGGCAACAGUCACCGGCGGACUCGCGGCCAUCCCGUCCACUACCAUCGCUUCCCGCAGGACCCGGAGAUACGCAAGAAAUGGAUAGAAGCGUGCAACCGCAAGCCGUCAGCAAACGGCGAGCCGCCGUUCAAUAUCUCCACCGCGCGCAUCUGUUCCCGACACUUCACCAAAGACUGCUAUGAGCCUACAGAAAGCGGAAAGACGCCCAUCAGGCUGCGCCGUAACGUCGUGCCGACGCUCAAUCUGAGGUCCGACGACGAGUCGUCCAGGGAGACUUCCCCGGAAAAGGAGAACAAGGAGUUCGUGAAUGAACUACUUCGAAACGCGGAGAUAGCGGCUGGCGGCCAGAACGAGCCGAGCUGCAGUAAGCAGGUGAUGGAAGAUGCCAAUGGUCCCGAAGCGCGACCGGAGCGACAACCGAUGCGACAACCGACGCGACAGCUUGAACGGAAUCUUUCGCAACGUAGUCAAGGGCUGCGCAGAAGACCUAGAAGAAUAACUAAUGUGCCCAAGAAAAAGUACGUUUUCUUUUACCAGCUUGGUCUCAUGCCUACACGCCUGAACAAGAUGCACGCGAUGGAGAGUGCCAGCGGAAACGGGAAGAAUGUGGACGCGGCGGAGAACGCGCCAAGUACGUCACCGAAGGUGCCCCAAAGCCAGCAGAACGGUGCUGCUCUGCCUGAGGAGACUGCCGCAUCGCCGUCGGCGUUGGAUUACGGUCGUGUAAAGAUCGAGAAGGAAGCACAUCAGAACGUUAAGAUCAAUAAGAAGAGCUUCCCGAUCACAAGCACGCCGAUAGCGAGUACUUCGCAGCAGAAGUCCGGCUCGUCGCGUCUUGUCAGGUCGAAGUCGGCCGAAAUCGUCGGCAAGAAACGGAAGUCCCCGAAUGGGCAACAAGACUCCACGAACGGUCCUCCCAAGCCAAAAAAGACUUGCUGCACAUACGAGGAACGGGAAAGCUCCAUUAAGAGUCUUGUCGGCGAGGAGAAAACGGUCGACGCUUUGGAGAUAAGAGAAAAUGAGUUGCUUCAACGGAUGCAGUUUCUCGAGAAAUUGGCACGAGAUAAGGAAAAGGAAUGGAAUCAGAUCCUGUACACGAGAAAACUGACGGAAGAAGCGUACGUGAGGCUCCAGAGAAAGAGGCAAAUGAUGAGACUCACGAAUAGCGGGACUCAACCGGAGGACGUGCCGCCCACCAGCUUGGAAGCACGAUGGAUGAAUAGCGACGGAACAUCGAGGGACACUGUAUCGAGAGAGAGGUCCUUCGAAUUUAAAAGCGAACUUUCUGAGGAAAGUUCUCUAAACGCGUCAUCCACCAAAAAGCAAAACGUCGCGAAGGUUGGCUCGCAGCGGCAGACUGCUUCCUCGAAAAGCAGUGGGGAAAACAGCCGCAAGCAGAACGAGACAUCGAGCCCGGAAACCCGCCAGCUCGGCGAAGGUCGUCAAGGUGCGAGGGUAGAAGUGACUUCCAUAAUCGCCAAUCACAGGAAGAUGUUUCCAGAUCCGGCGCCAAAGAGGGGGCGAAGGACGAGGAAUUCGGUGAACGUUAAUUUGACUGCUGGCGGUGCUAUGGUUGAAACAGGACAUAACGCAGAUUCGAGACCAUCGAGCACAGAUUCCUGCAAGAGUAACCCGAGCGCAACAGAGUGCCAAAAUACCGUGAACUUUAGAGAAAUGGUAUACCAAUUCAACAGGUUGUCUCAACAUCAAGGUGAGCCAGCCAGACCAUCGCAAAAUUAUCCGGAUGUGACGCUUCAACCUGUGCCGUCAGGACACAACGCUUCUCCCGUGCCUGAGAACACCAUUGCGCCUUCACGCUCGCUUCUUCAUGGUAUCCUGACGAACAAUACAUCAUCCAGGCCAAACAACUUUCCGCUUACUUUGGCUAAAUUGCUCACGGCACCUGAAAGAGAAAGGAACUCUCCAGCAGCAGCAGCGGCAGCGGCGGCAACGGCAGCUGCGACGACGCCGAUGGUGCCUAUGUCACAACAAACGGCUGGCACCCAGCACCUUCUACAGGCAUACCAAGGAUCUAGUCUGGGUUCCAUAAGCGAGCUACUGUCUUCCUCCACGGCUCGCACGGAGAUAACCAUAACUCCUGUUGUCAAUACACCUCCGCAGUCCCACUCCAACAAUGUAAUUAAUGUUGAUGACGUAGAAGAAGAUACUGCAGCAAGUGAUGAUAGAGAUGGCAAGUAUUCAAUGAGCGGAAGAGACGCUAGAGAAGAUCGCGACAACCCCCCGCGAUGUCAAGGUUGUCAUCAACGAGCCGCGCAAUUUGUCUGCGCUGGAUGUGCAAACCAAUGGUAUUGCAGUCGCGAAUGUCAGGUGGCCUCGUGGGAUGAACACUCCGAGAUCUGCUCCGGUUAACGGCGACAUGAUAUUUAAUGCGCGCACAACCGAAGAAGAAUCUAGUCAAGGCUAUAAUCUACAUUCAGCGACACAGAGCUGCAGAUAGCCGAAGGUGAUGGCGCGUAUUUUUAAGACUCCUGACUACGUAUGAAUAAACGUACGUAUAAAACGCGAGGAGGGUGCGGUUUAUUUUACGAUGCAGCACGAUUGCCAAAUUACUGGCUGCUCUCAACGACCAUCCGUGAGGGUAGAUUCGAAGCCUCGGGCCUUACUUAUGAAAACGAGAGAGCUCGAGUCAAAGUGUCGUAUUGCAUUAUCGUAAAUAUCCUUAUUAAUUUAAUACCGGGCAGAUCCUCGUCAAAACGAAUAGAUGUCGUCCUGCUGGAUCGAAGCAUUUACUUCUCGGACAGCGGAUACGGGUCCAUCUGGAUCUAUAACAAAGAAUACACGACUGUAUAUUUUAUAAAAUAAGCUGCGUGCUAGGUUAGAUUUUAAUCUUAUAGUAUAUACAUACAC